AUGGGUGUCACGGGACUCUGGCAGAUUGUGCAGCCCUGUGCGCGGCCCAUCAAGAUUGAGACACUGAACCGAAAGCGGCUGGCUGUCGAUGCGAGCAUCUGGAUCUACCAGUUCCUCAAGGCCGUUCGCGAUAAAGAAGGCAAUGCACUGCGCAACAGCCACGUCGUCGGGUUCUUCAGACGUAUAUGCAAGCUGCUGUUCUUCGGCAUCAAGCCCGUAUUCGUCUUCGAUGGAGGAGCCCCAGCACUCAAGCGACAGACCAUCAGGGCCCGAAAGUCCCGAAGGGAAGGCAGGCGCGAUGAUGCGGUGCGGACUGCAGGCAAGCUGCUCGCCGUGCAGAUGCAGCGCCGUGCGGAAGAGGAAGAAGCGCAGCGGAAGGCAGAAAGAGACCGUGAACAUGAGCAGGAAGAGACGGUGCCUGAUGAAGGGCUGGUAUACGUGGACGAGCUGCAGAUGACACAACAGGAGCGCCAGCAGAACAGGAAGUUCCGCAAAAAAGACCAGUACCAUCUCCCAGACCUAGAUGUAUCCCUCAGUGAGAUGAGCGGAGCCAACGACCCUCGUGUCAUGUCUUUGGAAGAGCUGCAGACUUACGCCCGGCAGUUCGACACGGGCGAGGAUAUCAACGUAUAUGACUUCUCCAAAAUCGACUAUGACAGCCCGUUUUUCAUGUCUUUGCCUGCCUCUGAUCGAUACAACAUCCUGAACGCCGCCCGGCUCCGCAGUCGAUUGCGUAUGGGGUAUUCCAAAGAUCAGCUGGAUACCAUGUACCCCGACCGCAUGGCCUUUUCAAAGUUCCAGAUCGAGCGCGUUCGUGAGAGGAACGAGCUUACACAGCGUUUGAUGCAUUUGAACGGCUUUGAGGGCACGGAGUUUGGAGGCGGGAGAGUUGCUGGCGAAAAGGGCAGGGAAUACGUCUUGGUCAAGAAUGAUGGUGUUGAAGGUGGUUGGGCUCUGGGAGUCAUCACCGACGAAGGCAAAGAAGAGAUGCCUAUCGAUGUUGACAGACCGGCGCCCGCGAUCAAGCAGCACCAAGACGAAUGGGAAGACGAGGAAGACGAUUUCGAGGAUGUGUCUGUUGCUGGUCUAAACCGACUGCCGAAACGACCGACUCAGAACGACGAGGUAGCCGAUAAGCUAAUGGAACAGCGACGUGCUGUUUACAGCUCGCGGAAACAAGCUCCCAAACCCAAGCCGAAACGCGUGGCUAAGAAGGACCGCAGCGAAUUGUUUGUGCAAAGUAGCGAGGACGAAGAGGAAGACUGGGAAGAAGUGGAAGAAGACAGAGAUCUGUUCGGCGAUGGUGAGGGCGAAGGUUCAGAGGAUGAGGAGCUGCGCAAGGCCAUUGCACUGUCGCUACAGAAAGAAGAUGGCGGGCAGGGCCAAGGUGUGGAAGGCGAUGCAGUUGAAGAUGAAGACGAUGACAUGCUCGAAGUCUUUCAGCAGUCUGCCGUGGAAGAGCAGAAACCCGUUCCAAAGGGGAGCGGUCGAGAUAUUGCGAGCAUCGUGAAUAAACGUGCUUUCAACACGGCCCCAGAAAGCCGUGAGAUCACAUAUUUUGGUGUUCCGCAUGAGAAAUCUGACGAAAGCGACGAAAGCGAUACCAUGGACCUGCAAGCAGCGCUCGCUGAGAGCCGUAAGACUAAACGAAAGACCAGCCCUCCACGACGGCCGCAAGUGCCUCCAAAACGCACCGAGUCUGCCACUGACAUUGCCAAACAAGCUGGUUUCAAGGGACCUUUACCGUUCGAGAAGCUUGACCUCGGCUCGUCGCUGCUAGGAAAAAGGAAGAUGCAGGAACGUACCGAGGAGACAGCCGGAGGCUUCGAGAACCCUGAGCUUGCUGAGAAGCAGAAGAAGAAAACGGCAGAGCCCCUUCCGCCAUGGUUCUCAGGCGAUCUCGAGGCUGAUAUUGAAGCUCAAAAUGCUAUCGAAAGCGAAGACCGCCGAAGAGCUCGUGAGUUCGAGAAUCAGUUUCAGUUCCAAGACAGGGGUGCGCCAACGCUACGACGGGACCCGACGAACGAGGUCAUUGAUCUUGAAGCGGAUGACAUCAAUGAGCCAUCCGGUAAAGCAGAAGUAAUCAAUCUCGAGGACGAUGGCGAAGCAGCAGCAGCUCCUGUCGACCACAUCAUGGAGAAGAACCAGCUUACAAUUGCCAUUGAUGACGAUGCGCCAAGUGUGACUCCAGACAGAGACGUGAAUAUGGGAGACAUUGCGGAUGAAGUGCGCGCAGAGCCUGAAAAGGCUUUCCCAGACCCAAGUGUGGACAUGGCUGAUGUUCCGCCUGUCAGGAGGGUCGAGAAGGAACAGCCUGAGGAGAGAGUAAAUGUGCGGUCCGCAUCCCCAGCAAAAGCACGGCAUGCAGAUGAAGAAGACGAGGCCCUGGACUGGAGCGACAGCGAUCAUGAGGAAGAUCGUCGACGCUUUGAGGACGUCGAGAUCCCGGAUGCGCCGCCUGCCCAGAGGGAGCAGGAGGCAGUUGAGGAAGAUGACGACCAACCCAGGCCACCUACUCUACCGGCUCAAGAAACAAUCCCAGAAGACGAUGACGAGUUUGAUGACUUCUCCGACCCUGAAGAGGCAGAGAUGCUUCGCCAAUUGACAUUAGAGGCCGAGGAACAUGCUCGUUUUGCUAGUAGUCUGAACAACAAAUCCACGGCGCAGAAUAUCCAGGAGUACGAAAAAGAGCUCAAGCAAUUACGGAACCAGCAGAAGAAGGAUCGCCGUGAUGCCGACGAAGUCACACAGAUCAUGAUCCAAGAAUGCCAGGCACUCCUUCGCUUGUUUGGUCUGCCAUACAUCACGGCGCCAAUGGAAGCUGAAGCACAGUGUGCAGAGCUCGUUAGCAUGGGAUUGGUCGAUGGUAUUGUCACCGAUGAUUCUGACUGCUUUCUCUUUGGCGGCACUCGAAUCUACAAGAACAUGUUCAACCAAGCCAAAUUCGUGGAGUGCUACCUCACGUCUGACUUGGAGAAGGAGUUUGAUCUCAGCAGGGACAAGUUGAUCGCUGUAGCGCAUCUGCUGGGUUCUGAUUAUACCGAAGGCAUUCCUGGCAUCGGUCCUGUGACUGCCCUCGAGAUCAUCUCUGAGUUUGGUUCACUUACUGCAUUCAGUGACUGGUGGACAGCCGUGCAGAUGAACCAGAUCUCCAAGGAAGAAGACGCCAAGAACCCCUUUCGGAAGAAAUUUCGACGGAAUGCAACCAAGAUGUUCCUCCCACCUGGAUUUCCAGACGAGAGAGUCAACCUCGCGUACAAGACUCCCGAUGUCGACCACAACCCCGAAGCUUUCCAGUGGGGAGUGCCAGAUCUAGGUGCUCUUCGGUCUUUCCUCAUGGCAACGAUUGGGUGGACGCAGGAACGCACUGAUGAGGUCCUCGUCCCGGUCAUCAAAGACAUGAAUCGUCGUCUGGAUGAAGGUACCCAAGCGAACAUCACCCAUUUCUUCGAUGGUGCCGUCGGCAUCGGUGCGGCCGGGGCUUCGAGCAGUGCUGGUAAAGGCGAGGGCUUUGCACCUAGAAAGCGAGCUGCGGGAAGCAAAAGGAUGGGCAAUGCUCUCACGAAGAUGGCUGAGCAUGCGAAGCGCAACAGGCAACUGAGGGAAGGCGAUGUUCCUUGCACUGAGGACGGAGAUGCUGCCGACGAGGAGGAGCCGACAAAAGGUGGCAAUAACACAGCAAAGAGACGAAAGACCAAGGCCACAGCAUCAGCCAAUGCUUCUGCCACCGCCAGUGAUGGCGACGACAGCAGCGAGUUCAACGAAACCCGCAGUAAGAAGACGAAGGGAAAGAAGACGGCGAAAGCUACAAGGGGCACGUCCCGCAAGAAGAAGGCGGUUGAAUGA